GUCGUCCUAGCUCGCCACAACACCGUGCUUCUCAAAACAGAGCUGGUCGACCGCAACCAUGGGUUUGGGAUACAGAAUCCUCAAGCUCAUUGUUCGCAAUGAUGCGAUGAAGGAGGACCCCGAAGAAAUCUACGGAUGGCGGGUAUUUGCUCUCGUUUGGGCAGCAUGCUUCGGCGGAAUGCUUUUCGGAUGGGAUAUCGGUACUAUUGGAGGUGUCCUGGCCAUGCCCGCGAUGCAACAGCAGUACGGCUACAUCACGUACGACGCGAAAGACAAGGCCGAUAUGUCACAGAACAUUGCUUCGACCCUGCAAGCAGGAUGCAUCCUCGCCUGUCUGAUUACGCCCUGGAUGACGGACCGGUGGGGAAGACGGUGGGCACUGAUCGGCACAGGCCUUGUCACACUCGUCGGCGUCAUCAUGCAGUCGGCGUCGGCCGACACGGGUAACCUUGGCGCCAUGUACGCUGGCCGGUUCGUGGCCGGCCUCGGUGUCGGUGCCGCCUCCAUGUUGACUCCGCUCUACGUCUCGGAAUGCGCCCCAAGAGCCAUCCGCGGCGGUCUGACUUCGUUUUACCAGCUCUUCAUCGUCUUCGGCGUCAUGGUCUCGUUCUGGAUCAACUACGGGUCCUUGUUGCAUCUCCAGGGGAAAGCGACCUAUGCGGUGCCCCUUGCUCUACAGGCUCUUCCCGCGCUCCUCCUCGUCAUCUUUAUGCUCAUGGUACCGGAAAGCCCGCGAUGGACAGCCAAGCAGGACAACUGGGAGGCGACAACCCGGAUUAUUGUCCGGCUGCGAGGCCUCCCGGCGGACCACUCCUAUGUGCAGAGCGAAAUCCAGGACAUGGCCCAGCAGCUCGAGAACGAAAGGCGCCUAACUGGCGACGCUACGAUCCUUGUCCUGCUCAAGGAACUAAUCUUCAUUCCCGGGAAUCGCAAUCGAGCCGCCAUCACCGUCAUGCUCAUGAUUUGGCAGCAGAUGACGGGUGUCAAUGCCAUUAAUUACUACGCCCCCCAGAUUUUCGAAGGGUUAGGAAUGUCAGGCACAUCAGUCCAGCUCUUCGCCACGGGCGUGUACGGCAUUGUCAAGGUCGUCGGCUGCUUCUUCUUCCUCGUCUUUGUUGCCGACUCGCUGGGCCGCCGGCGCAGUCUGCUGUGGACCAGCGCCGCGCAGGCCAUUGCCAUGUACAUUGUUGGCAUCUACGGCAAGAUCGAGCCUCCCCAGAAGGACAAGCCGAUCUCGGGAUUCGGGUACUUUGCCAUCGUUCUCAUCUACGCCUGGGCCGUGUUCUUCCAGUUCGGCUGGGGUCCCGUGUGCUGGAUUCUCGUCAGUGAGAUUCCGACCGCCCGUCUUCGUGCCCUGAACGUGGCCAUUGGCGCCCUCACGCAAUGGGUCUUCAACUUCAUCAUUGCGCGGACUGUUUUGACCAUGCAGGUCACCAUGGGCACGGCCGGCUAUGGCAUGUUCUUUCUCUUUGGUACAUUUGGCUGGAUCAUGGGAAUUUUUGUCUGGUUCUUCAUUCCAGAGACAAAGGGGAUCAGCCUGGAGAAGAUGGACGAGCUGUUUGGUAUGACCCAGGCAGUGAAGGAUGUCGAGGACCGCCCUUCUGUGACUGGAAAUGAGGUCCGGGAAAACAAUGCUGAGAAGGCCUAAUGGAAGG